CCACCGCCAUGAGCACGAUGGAGGUGUGCGGCUCUUCUGGUGUUACUCUGAGAGAGUUUGGCUGUGAACAGAGUUUAUUAUCUCGACCUGACGGCUCAGCGUCCUUCAUUCAAGGAGACACAAGUGUUAUGGCUGGAGUGUACGGACCAGCUGAAGUCAAAGUCAGUAAGGAAAUCUAUGACCGGGCAACGCUGGAGGUGUUGAUACAGCCCAAAGUGGGAUUGCCAAGUGUAAGGGAGAGAUCACAAGAGCAAUGUGUGCGUGAAACCUGUGAGGCAUCCCUGCUAUUGUCACUUCAUCCCCGCUCCUCCCUCACUCUCAUUCUUCAGCUGAUACAUGACGAUGGUUCACUCUUGUCAUGCAUUUUGAAUGCUGCCUGUAUGGCUCUUAUGGAUGCAGGCCUGCCUAUGAGUUGCCUGUUCUGUGGAGUGACCUGUGCCAUCGACACAGAUGGUCAAAUCAUCAUAGAUCCCACUGCAGCUCAGGAGAAGGAAAGUCGAGCUUUGAUGACCUUCGCUAUUGACAGUACAGAACGCAGAGUAAUGAUGUCAUCAACCAAAGGUUCAUUUUCAGUUCUUGAGCUGCAGCAGUGUAUAGCAAUCAGUCAGAAAGCAUCAGAAAAAAUCUUCCAGUUCUACAGAGACUCUGUCAGGCGGCGAUACUCCAAAAACCUCUGAAGAAGAAGAAGCUCUCUUUUUCGUCUUUUCAGAUUUUUUUUUUUACAAUGAAUACAAAUUCUGAUGUAAUAAAAAAUUUAGUAACCACUUUGGGGCAUCUUUGCUUCAGAUCAGUUGUAGUCCGCUGUGCUGUGGUUGAAGUGAGAUUUACAAUCAGACAUUUGUGAGAAGAACAGAUUGAAGUCAGGAUGCAAAAUAAAAAAGAAGAAAGAUGAAUGUCAAA